AUGGAACAACCAGGCUUGGAAGGUCAGGCUUUGGCAGCCUGGGAGAAUCAUGCUGGAUCCUGGGAUGCAAGUAUGGGUGAUGACGGAAACGACUACUUCUCAGUCCUCGAGUUGCCUGCGUUGAAAAGAAUGAUCAGUGGACAGAAGCGAGAUCGUGCCUUGGACCUCGCCACGGGCAAUGGCCUGGUUGCGCGAUGGCUUGCCCAAGAGGGAUUCUCUGUGGUCGCGACAGACGGCGCCACGGCCAUGCUAGAACACGCAAAGGCGCGAACAGCUAUCUGGUACGACGAAGGAAGACUGGACAAAGAACGCGAGAUUUGCUUCGAACUUCUAGAUGUGACCAACGAAGAUCACUGGGCGCAUUUCAUCAACAGUGGUCACCUUCUGGAAGACGGCUUUGACGCGAUUGUGAUGAACAUGGGGAUUAUGGAUGUUCAUGAUCUUGAACCAUUAGCAGCAUCCUUAACAUCCCUUUUAAAGCAAGACGGAUGUUUCAUUGCUACAGUGCUCCACCCUCUAUUUUUCACGAGUGGCGCACGGCGCCAAAUCACAGUCCAUGAGGAUCCUGUGACUGGCCAGCGCAUACUAGACAGGUCUAUACUUUUGAGCCAAUAUCAAAAUGUGGCCCCUGCCCGGCAACUCCUAUUUUCUAGUGAUAGCGAGCAUAAACCGCCGAUCUCAUUCCACAGGUCGUUUCAAGAUCUAUUUGCCCCGUUCUUUCGGACCGGUCUCAUCCUCGAUGCCCUUGAGGAAACGAACUUCGAUGACACCUUCCGCGAGCCCUCGCGUGAAUAUGCAGCGAGGAAUUUCACUGAAUUCCCGAUGAUACUCGCGUUUAGACUCAGACGCGGGCCUGGAGAUAGGAAGGAGAGCUGUUAA